AUGCCGACCAUCACCUUUACCAUGGAAAAGAAAGAAGAGAGAAAGAUCGAGCCUAGAAGAACAGUGAGUGGAUGCGUUCAAUCCAUUCCUUCCAAUCCAUCCAUCUCUUGGAUCGAUCGGCAGAGGCUCUGGAAGUAUCUAAAGCCAAUUUCGAUCGAGCGAAAGAAAGAAACCCAGGAUCGCUAGAAAAUCUCCAUCUCCGCCUGGGCGAUUCAAUUUCUUGCACGCCCCGGCGAGGAGAAAUCGAGAUCCUUGGCCAUCGCCAACACCGAGAUUGGCAGCCGCCGCGGCGACUCAAGUAGGUGAGUGAUCGCCAUUAAAGUUCCUCUCGCAAUUAAAACCUCCAUCCAAGAACAAGAAAACCAAGAAAAAGAAGAAUCAUGGACGAUCAUCAUCCCUCCCAUUCCCUCGAUCGCCAGCAAUCCAGGCAAGAUCACGCACUUGGGUCGUAGCUAGAGUGGCUAGAUUCCCCGCCCGGGGCCGAAAGAUCGUUCCAGGAGCGCCAAAAUGCGCGAGGUUUCUCGCUGGCUGGCAGUGAAUGCCGCGAUCAUGUGGCUCUACAUUGGAACUGGGAAGCUGUCGGAUACGCUAUCUGUGGUGAGAGCGCAGGCAUCGCCCAUCUGGGCGCCGUCGGGAUUGAUGGUAGCGCUGGUUUUGAUCGUGGGCUACAAGAUUUGGGCGGGAUUGCUGCUGGGAACGCUGGGGAUCAAUGUCUGGUACUUCCAUGGGCGGCGGCCGCGAGCUUACUUGCCGGCGUCUUGCGGCUGCGCGAUCUUCUCCACGCUCGAGGCCAUGACUUGUGGAUGGCUGCUCAAUCAUCCGCCCCAGAUCAACAAUAGCAAGAUGUGCUUCCAAGUCCAGGAAGCGAGGAAAGGUGCACGGACCGUAGACACUCUUCACGACGCUCUUUGGUUCUUCAGCGUGGCCCCGUUCGUCAGCUUCGUCUUUGGAACCGGCAACGCGCUCUCUUUGUCCGUGUUUGGAUUGGCGGAGUGGAGCGAGUUUCUGGAAAUCUGGCCAACUUGGGUGUUGGGCGAUCUCUCCGCGAUCCUGUGUUACACUCCCUGCGUCCUCCACCUCUGGAACCUCUUCGUUCCAGGGACGUCGCCGAUCCACUGGGGACGCAGCAGAAGCUAUGCCUCGCAAUUCUGGAAAAUGUAUGGGAGCAAGCGAUUCCAGGAAGAGAAUCCCGAGAGCCACCAACACUCCAUCCAAAUUCCCGACGAGGGUGGUGAUCGAGAAACCAAAGCAGCCGAGAGGCGUGGAGUCACUGGGAAGCUCUUGGAUUUGCUGAGAAUCAAAGACAAGCUAGUCGACGAUGGAAACAUCACCACCGCCACCACCUCUGCAAACGAUGCGAGGAUAUCAUCUGUGACGAGUGAAAUGGAGAGCGCUCCACCGGAGAGUUACUUGCGACUUCGAUCGUUAUCGACGACGUCCAAGCCUCAGCCACUCCCAUCGCUCAUCCUCUCGAGAGCUCCCGACGCUCGAUCCAUCCGGAAGUGCAUCGUCCGGACAGGAGAGUGCAUCGCCUUGUUCGUCUUGCUCAUCGUUUUGUCGCUCGUCAUCUUCUUCGUUGGUGAUUUGAGCUUCGUCCAGAGGCUGUCAUACUUGGUUUUCCCGGUGGUGAUCUGGGCCUCGUUUCGAUUCAAUCGCAUUGGGCUUCCUCUGGCCGUGCUGGUCGUGGCAGUGAUCGCGAGCGCUGGCACUGCCAAGCAUCGAGGACCUCUUUAUCGUAAGAACAACAACCAUUCUUUGCUCCAGGUGCAAAUGUUCGUUUGCGUAUUGGCAAUAGUAGCUAUUACUCUUGCUGCGAUAGUUCACGAUCGCAAGCAAAUGGAAGGAGAACUUAACGAGAUGAAUUCCACUCUCGAGCUACAGGUUCAAGCACGAACUAACGAGCUGGAGCUCGCAAACAAAGAGCUCCAAGAAUCACAAGCCGCGGCAGAAGAAGCAAGCCGCGCGAAGUCGGAGUUUCUGGCCAACAUGAGUCACGAAAUCAGGACACCGAUUCAUGCGAUAAUUGGAAUGGCCUCGUUGGCUUUGGACACGAAUCUCACGGAAGAACAACGUGAACAUCUGGACACGGUCGCACAGUCGGCCGACUCGCUCCUCCACAUUGUCAACACCAUUCUCGACCUUGCCAAGAUCGAGGCUGGCCGUUUGGAGCUAGAACACGUCCCCUUUAACGUCUGUGACUUGCUCAGCUCCACCAUGAAAAUGCUUCAAGUCAGUGCCAGGCAAAAGGACUUGGAUAUGUCGUGGGAGGUCUCGGCUGAAGUUCCACAGCAACUUAUCGGUGACGCUGGGCGGCUCCAGCAGUGUAUCUUAAAUCUUGUGGGAAACGCCAUCAAGUUCACGCAGCGAGGCUCCGUUUUCCUGUCCGCGAAACUCUACACCGAGGACGACUUCGUGAGGGCCACUUCCUCCACCUCGCAAGCGCUCGAGUACGUCAAAGCCUUGGAGAGACGACGCUCCAGCCACAGCACGCUAGCCUCCCCUCGAGCAUUCCUUCACUCGGACGGAAGCAACAGCCUCAAGCUCGUGAGUCCCAGGAAUCAUGUCUCGAAUGAUCCGCAGCGAAGGGAAGAAGAGGCCGUGUGUGUUUUGUUCUCCGUCAAAGACACCGGCAUUGGUAUCAGCCAGGAGAAACAGAAGGAAGUUUUCAAAGCUUUCUCUCAGGCCGAUACUUCCAUCACCCGGCUGUAUGGAGGAACUGGUCUGGGACUCAGCAUUGUCGAAAGAUUGGUGGCGAUGAUGGGAGGCCGGAUCUGGCUCGAGAGCGAAGCCGGCAAAGGCAGCACAUUUUACUUCGCUGCUUGCUUCGAUCGAGUAGUGGCAACACAAGAAUCAAAUCGAGGAGCAGUAAAGAAGAGCCUGGAAAUCGAGGAGGUAGAGUCCAUCCAAUACCAGGACAGGAUACAAUCCGCCGAAGAAGCAUCGUGUCACUCCAAUGGGCUCAGGACACACGAAGAAACUCCAAACUCCGGCUACUCCCUGCCGCGCGGUGCUAACCAACGUCACUCGGCUGCAUCUUGCGGCACUUCAGCGGAGGCGCGCAGUGUGUCCGGAGUAACUCAACUUGGUCCGGUGGCACCGCCGGAGGACCUUGGCAUACUGCGCGGCAUGAGAGUCCUGCUCGCCGAGGACAACGUUAUAAACCAAAAGGUGGCGUGCCAGCAGCUACGCAAGUUUGGCACCACGGUGGAAGUGGUGGGCGAUGGCGAGCAGUGCUUGAGCGCGCUGGAGAGAGACCGUGAUCGCUACGAUCUCAUCCUCAUGGACGUCCAGAUGCCAGUUUUGGAUGGCUUAGAGGCUACGAGGAGCAUCCGAGCCCAAGAGAAACUAGCCGGGUAUCGGUCCAAGCCGAUAAUCGGGCUCACGGCUCACGCGAUCCAGGGGUACGAGGACAAGUGUAUCGAGGCGGGAAUGGAUGCAUACGCUUGCAAACCAUUCCGGGCCAAGCAACUUGUCGAUGUAAUCCAAAGAGUAAUGAGCCACUGUUCUUCCUAGAA